AUGUCUGCUCGGUCCCAAAACACGCGUCGGAAUUCAUCUCAAAACCGCCGUCAAGCCUUAAACAGCCAGUGUCUGAACCACGUAUAUGUUCAAAUGGACACCAUGCAAAGACAAUUCAACACGGAACUCUAUUCCAUCCGCCAACAGCUUAAUGUCCUGCAUGAGCAGAUAGCCAUCUACAUCAACUCCAUCAUGCAGGAGAUCAACAUUGUCACGCAGGACAUCACCCGCCUCACCAUUGAUCCCACCAACCAGCAGUUGGGGCUCACCUCUUUGUGGAGCGAACUGCACGAUAUGAAGCAAACCAUUCACAGUCUGCAGCAGGGGAACUCGCAGCCCUCCACAUCGGAAGCCCACCUUGAGAUCAUCAGGGGGUGACAUUCAAAUUUGUAAACUUCGGUGGGGCAUCUGCGGCUAAAGUCGCUAGAGAGCUCCUCCGAUGGCUGAACGGGUUUGAUUUGAGUGCGUCCACGUGGAAAGAGCUUAAUUCGCGCAAGUUUCAGUUAGGGGAUUUAUAGGUAGAAGAGAGAGUACAUGAAAGAAGAUGGGGAACCUGGUUUGUCGAUUGGUCUUUAAGCCACUAUAGC